UUGGAUUUUGUAGUCAUGGCAACAACCGACCCAGUCAAGAUUCUUGAGAUUUGCCAAGUCACCCCUUCAGACUCACCUGAGUCUGCUACUGAGUUUUCUCUUCCUCUCACAUACUUUGACAUCUUUUGGCUCAAACACCGCCCAAUCGAGCUUAUUUUUUUCUUUGAGCUCACUGAUUCAACUGGAACAUUUUUCCACUCAGUGAUCCUUCCAAAACUUAAAACCUCGCUUUCCCUCACUCUCCUCCACUUUCUUCCUGUUGCUGGAAAAAUCGCAUGGCUACGACGCGCCGACAGGCCAGCCAUCUGUUACAACCCGAACGACUGCGUUUUGGUCACAGUGGCCGAGUCUAAUGCGGACUUUAGUCUUCUUUCAGGCAACCAAAUGCGUGAAGCUAAAGAGUGGCAUCUUUAUAUACCGGAGUUGCCUGUAUCGGACUCAACAGCGGCAACUAUAGGUUUCCAAAUAACACUAUUUCCAAAUCAAGGCUUUUCCAUUGGCAUCUCUUCUCACCAUGCUGUUUUUGACGGCAAAAGUGCGACCAUGUUUGUGAAAGCAUGGGCUCACAUAUCCAAUCAGAGCGAUACAGAGACCAACCCAUGUUUAUUACCUGAGCUAAUUCCGGUUUUUGAUCGAAGUCUCAUUCAGGACCCAGAAGGUCUUUCCAUGAUUUACUUGAACAACUGGUCGGAAGCCGACAGUCCUACAAGUUUGAAGCUAUUGCAGGGUAAAGAAGUUCCACCCAACUCAGUACGGUCUACGUUCGAGUUGUCUUCACAAGACAUACAGAAAACUCAGGCGAAACAUCAUCUCUCAAUUGGAAAGCCUCCACAAAGAAGAUUGGAAUCAAAUAAAAUCAAUGCAUUUGUCAAACUUUGUAGUCUCAUUUGCUUAUACAUUGGUUUGCAUCGUUAAUGCUCGAAUGCCAAAAAGCAACAGAAAGGUCCGGUUUGCAUUUUCAGCAGAUUAUAGAGCCCGAUUGGAGCCUCCAGUGCCUGCCAAUUAUUUUGGUAACGGUGUCAAAGGCUUCCCUAUAUUUACAGAAGGAAGCUCUUCUGGGAGAUGAUGGGGUUGCCUUCGCAGCAGAUAAGCUGAGCGAGAGGGUAAAAGGGAUAGAGAAAGGAGUGAUAAGUAAAACAGACAAGGAAAUCCUUGCAAACUAUCGGAAGAUUAGUGUAAUACCCGGCUAGAUCUCGACAUCGGAAUUCCUACCUUCCGGCAGAAUCUCCGUUGGAAUCUGAAAUUCUCGGAUGUCGGAGCCUUCUAGAAGGGUAAA